AUGUCUACAGACGCAUCUAAAGCUACACCAGCAGCAGCAGGGGCUGUACCAGAACCCACUGUGGCACCACACAAUCAGUCUUCCGUUGCACCCGCCCAAGUAACUGCCGCUCCCACUAGCAUUUCCGAGGCCCACCCCUCGAAUCCAAAGGCAGGACAAGCAGCCACUCCUUCACAGACAGCGGCCGGCACUUCCUCAGAAUCUGAUCAUACUUUAGCGAUAGCUAACGAACUUCAGAAUCCACUGACAAAGAAGUUUACCGAAGCAGAAUGGAGAGCUCUCUUUGAAUUUCGAGCCCAACUUCCUGACAUAUUUGCGCAAGCAUAUCCAGACAACGGUCAAGCUCGAGAGCUUCCUGUUACUAUCUGGGGUGUUACGAUCAACCCAGCUACUCCUCAGGACGAUGCCCGAGUCAGUGUUGUCCUAUUGAAAUUCCUUCGAGCAAGGAAUUUGAGUGUCACCGAAGCCCGCGACAUGUUCAUCAACACCCUCAGAUGGCGCGAAUCAUUCAACAUUGAGGCCGCUCUCAAAGAGGAGUUUCCUGAAGAAGUAUUCGGGAAGUUAGGCUAUAUCUACGGCAAGGACAACGGCGGAAGACCAGUGGCAUACAAUAUCUAUGGCGGUAAUUCUGAUCUUAAAGCCGUCUUUGGAGAUAUUCAGCGCUUCAUUCGGUGGCGGGUGGCAUUCAUGGAGAAAAGCGUAGCACUUCUAGAUUUCGUCGAGAUCGACCAAAUGAUACAAGUUCAUGAUUACCUUGGCGUCAGCUUUACCACCCGUGAUGCUAACUCUAAAGCAGCUGCAUCUGAGGCAACUAAUAUCUUCCAAAGCCAUUAUCCUGAACUUUUAUAUAAAAAAUUUUUCAUCAACAUUCCGACUAUCUUCAACUGGAUUUUUUGGCUCUUCAAACCCCUUAUCUCAGCCAAUACUUUGGCAAAGAUGUCUGUCGUCGGCACAGGGCAGGAAGCAAUCAGAAAGGCUCUAUCGCCCUUCAUCGAUUCCAAAGAGCUUCCUGAAAGGUAUGGUGGCGAAGCAAAGGCUUUCUAG